AUAAAGUUCACAUUUAUGCGAUAUCAUUGUGAAGGUGUGGCCAAUUUGUUUUCAUCAUUGAGUGUAUGCCUGGAUAACAUGAGAUAACACGAGAUAAGCAAUAAUUAGGCCUGUGAUAGUGAAGUUGGCGUGCCACAGCAGUAAAGAAGAAAUUAAAUUAUUAAGCCAAGACAACUGCUAUAAUAAAAUAUCUAGUCGUCGAGUCCUAGUAACUGUAAACAAAGCACUAUACGAAUAUGAUUCCUUGUGACGUUAUUUUAUUGCAUUGGUAUCACACUUUGCAAAUUAAAGUAGCACAUGCACUAAUGCAUGAUAUGAAAAAUAUGAAUAUUGUACAUAAAGGUGAGGGUGUGUUUUAAUGGUACAUCUGGGACCCCUGUUGAAUUCUACACUCGAAGCCAAUUUGUGUAUUUGUUCCAUUUUCCUUUUAUUAGGUUCCCUGAAUGAAGUAGCUAUUAAAAAUGCAGAGAUCAAGGCAUUGGGCAGCAUGUACUUCAUCCACAAGUCGUUGAAGAACAUCCGCCAGUAUGACUUCAGUGUUAAGGAUUUUAAAGCAGUGCCGGGACUGGACAAGUUUGUGGGCUCUCUGGAUGGGGUCACCACCAUGGAAAAAGAAAAAUUCCCAAAGAAUUUCUGGCCCGAUUUCAAGUGGUCCAGGAAGGGCUUCAUGAGGACCCGCUGGAUCAUCCACGACCGGGGACUAGACCUGGUCAACGUCCACCUGUUCCACGAUGCCUCCAACCUCAUUGCCUGCAAGACCAGUCCUUCUGUUUACUCUGCCAACCGCAAAAAUGCACUGCGGCACGUCAUCAACAGGAUAUCAGACAACUGCCACAAUACGACGCCUUUCUUCCUGUUUGGAGACUUUAACUUCCGUUUGGACACGCUGAGUCUGGUCCAACAUCUGUCUACCUCAGCUGAAGUUCAGACCGUGAAGAAGGACCGCAGUAACGAAGUGCAGAAAAUCAUCUGCGAGGAGAAAGCUGACCGCCAGGUGCUUCUGCUGAUUGAGGACAAGCUCUUCGCCUACCUGCAUCAGGCCGUGUUCAGAGACGACAACGGCAGAGCGCUGCUAAAAUAUGACAAAGAAGUCACAGCCUUUCACGAUGUUGUUAGAGAAGAGGAAAUCACGUUUCCGCCCAGCUACCCUUACAGUGAAGAGUACACUAAACCCACCCAGUACAUGAACACGCGCUGUCCCGCAUGGUGCGAUCGCAUUCUGAUGUCGCACGCCGCACAACAAUUCAUCCACAGCGGCGCCGAUGGUGAGAAGAGCGUUGUUUACGACACGGUGGGCCCGAAUGUUUGUAUGGGAGAUCACAAGGUAGAAACAUUUAGUCGAAACAUGAAUGCUGCAGUGGCCCACCGAGUUGGCAUUAACGUGUCAUUUUGUCUCCUCAACAGCCUGUUUUCUUAUUCUUCGCACUGAAGACAAAUGUACAUUGACUCGGGAUCUUCUCCGUGGUAAACCAGUGAGUGUUGUGUGCGUGUCCAUAUUGCACCGUUACUGUUCGUGGCAUGUGUCGGGGACGGGGGAGGGGAGAGCAGCGAUCUCGUCGAGAUCCCCCGAGAGGCGUUAGCUCGACGGGCCCCGCGUCGUCGUCGUAUGAACUAAGAUGAAGGAGCAGCGGGACAGCAGCUCUCCUUUUGUGUGCAUGUGCCAUCAGCACCUUUCGCUGUUGUCUUUUACGUCCUCUCCGCUGUCAAUCUGGAUCCACAACACAGCGCACCGCUUCCUCGGCCCGCAUUUCCAUCUGGACGGCCGCCUGGGGAGAAAUACAUUGCACCCGACAGGACAUUGGCAUUUUUACGGGGGGGUUAAAUUAACCUUAUUGAGGAUGACUUACUUUUUAAUGAGGCAUUUAACAUUAGAGACAAUUUAUGUUUGGCUGGAACGGAUAAGCCAGGACAAGUUCAUGAAUGUGUGUCUUCAUAAAAUAAACAUUUUAAGAGUUUUUAGAAUUAAAAAAAAAAUGAACACUUAACAUUUUAACUUGGGGUUUAUCAAAAAAAUGUAUGAAGAGUAAACGUCUGAGUCUAAGAAUGAUCAAUUACACAAUGAAAAUCUCCAAAUAUGCCGCAUCGUAGAUAAAUAUGCAUACGGUUAAAGCCCGAACUUUACGCUCGAUAAUGCAAAAAUAAAUCAUGACAACAAGAUAAUCUUAGCAAUUUUGCGCCCGAUUUUCCGCUUGUAAUAAUAAUGUAGCUUUUUUUGUGAAAUGCACCUUAAUCAUUGACUCUCAAGAGUGUUAAAAAUUCAAAGCAUUUUACAAGCCCUGAUCAUCUGAAGAUAAAUAAAACGUUCGACAUGUUUAUCAUUUACAAUUAUUAAAAAUUCUGUUGGGCGUAGUUGGCACUGUGGACAUCCGGGCCCCCUGAAAACAAAAUAGCCAAUCAGGAAGCGACCUGAGUGAAGGCGACGGAAGCGCAACAAAUAAUGGUGACCGUCAACAGCGCGAAGUCAGACUGGACUUUGCUGAUGGAGUACUUUACAUCAGUAUUUGCCAACCUUUAUUGAGUCAAGACACAUAUUUUAAAUUUGAAUAAUCUCCCAAUACUCCAGCAAACAAAAUUGUCACAAAAACCAUAUACAGUACGCUGAAACAUACUGUGCAAGUAUAUAAAUAUACAUCGCAAUCAACACACUAAUGUAUUUCGUGUGAAAUCUGUGCCUUCGGUUGAACACAAAUCUAUUAUUCUGUUGUAUGAAUGGCCACAGGUGGAUAUACAUUUCAAGUGUACAUUCGGCUAUCGAGCGGAAGAGCAGUUCAUUGCUCUCCUUGUCACACUAUGUCACUGGCGUAGAUAGAUGAACAAAUACAUGACAAUAUUUGGUCUGAAAUGUGUUAUUGAAGUGAAGUUGGAUAAGCAACACCCCCUCCCGCUCCCAUUACAUGAAUUAAGAUUACUCUGUGCUGCCACGCCGGCAUUGCAAAUGAGAAUCUGUUCUCAAAUGCCGCCUUACCUGGAAAAAUAGAAUACAUUGAGCUAAUGGCCCGCCUUUUCUUUUUUCUUUUUUCCUUCCUCUCGCACUCGUCUGCAGCACAUUGCUGCAUUGCACCUCCCGGCAAACAGGUCGAGUUUAAUUGUGCAAGACUUUGAUCGGCGGUGGGCAGAUCGUUGAGUCUGUGCUGUGCUGUCUCGGUCACCGUCGAAAAAUAAGAACGCGCUAACAUCAUGUACGGGGUCCCCUGUUUUAUAAGUCAAUUCAGAUCUUAGGUGUUUGUGUGUGCGUGUACACUGGUGUAAUGUAAGUAACUUUGAUUGAAUGUUUGUUGUUGUUGUUGUUGCGUGGGUUUGUCUCUCUCAAGGUGCAGCAACAUGCUCCUCAGAAAACUGGCACAGCACCUGUGGGAUAAAAGACAAGUAGGAGUCGAUUGCAGGUCAAAUGACAGACGGUCGAUCCUGAUACAAGUUCUUUCAAGUUCAACACCUCCAUGUGACCUUUUUACAUUUAUAUAUAUAUAUAUAUAUUUUUUUUUUAGCAUGAGCAAUUAUCUACAGACUCUCUCCAGUUGAACUUCACCAAUGAAUCUCUAAACAUAUAUUAUUAUUGUUUUUAUUAUUAUUAUUCUAGUCAGGUAACUUUGUUACCGUGUGUUCAGAACUUAUUUAAUGAGCCAUAGAAUGUUUAACUGUAUAUGUGCUUUUCUUUCAACUGUAACGUGUGCUUUUGUUUUGUAUUUUUCUAUUUUUAGGUAUUUACUGUUACAUUGUUUUUUUAAUUCUCUGAGUUGUGGCUGCCACAAAUAAUUUCAUACAGCUGUUACAUGUACUGUAUGUUUGACCGGGGAGGGGGGGGCGACACUGUACGAUUCACUAAAAGGCAUGUAACAAGUAUUAUUUUCAAAUAUUUGCAGUUUUGCCGUUUCAAGUGCUCGAAAUUGUCACACAGCUGACAAAUGUUGAAACAUGAAACUGCUGUUAGAAAACUGUUGCAUUUCUUAUAAACAUAAUUUCUUUUAAAACGAUCAAGAAUACCAGUCAUGGUAACUACACAUGAAUAUAUGGAUGAGUUUGUGUUUUAUCUCUGCUGAAAAUGGGUCCUGAAAAUACUUAAAAUAAUGGAGUUUAAAAAAAAAAUAAUACAAUGAACCCUGUAUACAAAGUGCUUUAUUCCAUUUCACACUUAGCAUCUUGCUAUUUUUAAUGUAUCCUUUUAAACUUGUUUGGUUUCAUGUUGUUGCUGGGCACAAAGUCUAUAUAGCUGUAUCCAAAUUCAGGGGCUGCACCCCCCCCCCCAAAUAAAUUUGUUCGAGUUUAAAAAUUAAUUUACCACUGUUAAUAUUGAGAUGCCGAGAUUAGAAUUUGGGACUUCCAUUGUAAUAACGUUAAAUGUGGCCCGUGACUCCAAUAUGGAAACAGUUUUCAGGACUGAGCAGGGGCGUACAAAGAAUUUUGGCAGACGGGUGGCCGCGAGUAGUCUGCUGCAGCCCCUCAAUAGGGCCGCAACUCCAGUCAGUUUUGUUUUGGUUUUGUUUGCUAUGGUGCACCUUCCUUAUUUUGUUGCCAAAAACAUCCUGUCCUGUAUCUCACGUUGAUGUUCUACAUGGCUUCACUAAAGCUUCACUCACAUGUCGUACAAUAUAUUGCGCACUGGUGGUUUUCUUCAUUGUUAGACUUGAGUAAAUGUGAUAUACUGUAAUAUAUAUUUUUAAUUUCAUUUUUUAGUUUUUUUUUUCCUGUGAUUACUAAUACAGAUUAAAGUUUUUUUUUUUUUUUUGUGACAAGCCCACUGCUGCAAUCAAUAUAUGUUCAGCCAAGAAUUUUUGUGUGUGUACAUUGUCACAUUCUAUUGAAUAACAGUAUGCGCAUGUGACUGAAGACUUGCCAUGAUGGAUACAAAUAAAAAGGCAGCUGGAAAGAAAUGAUAUUUCUGGUUGGUACAAGAGUG